AUGCACACGCUUAUAAUUUCUGUUGUAUAAUAUUUAAAGAAAGGUAAGAAAAAGAAACUAAAACAAAACAAGUAAAAAAUUGUUAAUUAUGAUAAAAUUUUUGAUAGUGAUGAAGAUCCUACAGAUGAACAUGCUUCAUAAUCCAAAAUAAUGCCAUCUUAUAUAUAUGAAUUUAAUUUCGAAAAACUAUUCAAUAAUGGAAUUUCUCUACCAUUUUAUAAUUCAAAUAUCCCAAUAACAUUAGUUAUUGGUGAAAUUAAUGUUGGAAAAACCCAUCUUAUCUAAUAACUAAUUGGUUCACCUUUAUAAAUUAUUCUCAAAAAAAAUAAUUCAAUUUUAUGUUAUUAAGAUUAAAAAUAGUGUUAUAUUGAGCACUCUAUUGAUUGGAAUGAUUUUGAAUCAAUCUUUAUUUGUAAUUUUCUUUAAAAAAUGUCAAAUCUAACAAUUUUAAUUAAUGAUUCAGUUAAUAAGAAAUUAUUAUCACAAUUUGAACUUUGGAAUAAUGUUGUAAUAGUACAUAAAAAUCUCAUUCAAAAAUAAAAGGAUUUUCUUAUUGAUUAUAAAAAGUUAAAAGAACAUGAUAGUUAUAAUAAUUUCUAUUAUUAAAAAGGUUAAAUUCAUUUAUUUUAUGAAUAAAAUGAAACUUACAAAUAAAUUCAGAACAUUAAAUUCAAUAACAAAAAUACAUUAAAUAUUCUCGAAUCUAUUUAACUUACAUUAAAUUCAUCAACAUAUUUAUUACCUUUCAAGAUUGAUCUUGCGUAUGUCAAUAAAAUUAUAUCAUUAAAAUAAUAAUUACAAAAUAAAGAGAUUGUAGUUUAAUAUAUAAAAGAUUAUUAUGAGAACAGUGAGUAAAUUUUGAAAUUUAAUUAAAAUAAAGACUACACAUUAAUAACAAUAACAAAACCUUAUUUAAAAAUUCAAAAUUCUACAGUUGAAAUAGAGAAUUCUCAAUUACUUAUAAAUAUAAUGAUAAGAGAUUUAAGAUUUGCAUUUAUAAUACCAUUUUUAUACAAGAGAAAAUGUGGGUUUGGUGAAGUUUAGAUUAAAAUUUAAUAAGAUGAUUUUAUUAUAUUAUCAUUUAAUUGA